UUUACUGGGAGGCUACGGCAGGCGGGUGACUGCUGGUUAGUUUGUGCUCGAGAUUAUUGUUAAGGUUGUAUGGAGUAACACUGCGGGUCUCAGUCCUUUUUCAAAACAUAGACAAUAUCAGCUAUAUCAUGUAAAUAACAUCGGACAAGUAUCCUGUGCAAUUGUGCACAUGCAAAACCUUUCGUUCCGACGCAUCGGAAAUUUAGACGAACUGAGGGUAAAAUUUACUCGAGAAGGCCGGUUUACAUUUGGACCCAAUCCGCUGGUUUCAUGCAGUAAUCCACUGAUUACCGACUUGAUUUUGUUUCUGAAGCUGAAGUUCAUUGCCAAACAUCUUCUGAUGAAGACUGUUCCAGCCACACAUGAAGAACAUACUUGAGUGGUAGCUGGGGAUGGCCCACCUGGAAUGAACCCAAUGACAACAAAAGAUGGGACCUGAUUGUAAAAAUUAACAAGUACCAUUUGCACCCUUCCAACCCUUGGCCUCAUGAAGAUGGCCAAUUCGGUGGCCACGCUGGUGGUGCAGACGGAGCUCCUGCCGACUCAACCAUCAUCGUCUCUGUCUCCCUUCCCCUCUCUGCUUGCUACCGGUGAUGAUGUGGAGGAGGAUGGCGAGAGGCCGGACGAGAAGACUGCUACCGAGGUGGUGCUCACCGGUAUGGAGAUGGUGACGUCCACCUCGUCUCCCGUCACGCCAGUGCCCCAGAAUCCUGAGCACCCAUUUCAUUGCCUGGAUUGUGGAAAAAGCUUCAAAUGGUCAUCCAGACUGGCCCACCAUCAGCGUAGCCACAAUAAUGAGAGGCCCUACCGCUGCAACCUUUGCCCCAAGGCCUUCAAGGGUUCCUCUGCACUACUCUACCACCAGCGGUCCCACUCUGGUGAGAAGCCCUACAAGUGUGACGACUGUGGCAAAGCCUUCAAACGCUCGUCUCUGUUGCAGGUUCACCGCAGCGUUCACACUGGACUCCGCACUUUCCAGUGUCCCUACUGCCCCUUGACCUUCAAAUGGAGCUCCCACUACCAGUACCACCUGCGCCAGCACACCGGCGAGUGCCCUUACCCGUGCGACAGCUGCCCCAAGGCCUUCAAGAACUCCAGCAGCCUGCGCCGACACAAGAAUGUCCACCUGGGCCUCAAGCCGUACGUCUGCGCCGUGUGCAGCAAGGCUUUCACGCAGUCGACCAACCUGCGGCAGCACAUGCGCAUCCACACGGGCGAGCGGCCCUACGUCUGCAACAAGUGCGGCCGCAGCUUCACGCACUCGUCCAACCUGGCGCUGCACCGCACCUCGCACCUGGAGGACAAGCGGAAGGCGGGAGAGGGGAAGGAGGGGGGCGUGGAGGGGGCGGUGAUGCAGGGGACCGCUGCCACGGAGGAGCUGAGUGCGGUGGGGGUCGGGAUCCAGGACAUGGUGGGCUUCGUUGGUCAGGAAGCCGGGCUAGGCGUGGGCGAAGUGUUCCUCACCCAUCACACCUCGUCGGGCGCCGGCGGUCAGACCAUGCUGACGCUGACGCCCACCACGGUUGCGGCGGCGGCGGCGGGGCACGUGCACGUGACCACCGACACGGGCGCCAGCGUGCUGCUGUUCAGCUGCGGCAGCUGCAACCAGACCUUCACCUCGCAGGGAGACCUGGAGGAGCACCAGACCCUCCACCUGGGGGCCCUGGGGCCCGGAGCCACGGCAGGGCCGGAGGCCGGGGAGCCCACAGGCGCCGAGCCGUCCACCGUCAGCCUGGUUGGGGCUGGACCCCUCCUGGCGGAUUUCGAGGAGGUGGUGGAGACGACCACGGUGGCAGAGACUGGGCAGGGUGCCAGGGAGCUGCUGAGCCUGGGUGGGGGAGCCGAGGGAGGGGUUGGUGGACAGAACGGUCAGGCGCAGUACGAUCUCCUCCAGGGCUUCACCACAGUUCCACAGUUACCCCCCGAGGCCAGCGUGCCCACCGACACAACAGGAGGAGCAGCGAACGUCUCCAUGCUCUGCACCUACUGCGGGAAAAGCUUCAAGACCAGCAGUGGGUUAACCAGGCAUGUGGCACAGGCCCAUUCCCUCUCGUCAUCCCAGACUCGCUCCCAGUACAACUGCUCGGCGUGUGACCGCUCCUUCCCUCUCCUCUCUUCCCUCCUGACCCACCAGUACUCGCACACGCCCGAGCAGCGGCUCUUGGCCGAGGCCGAGGCCGAGAUCGUCUGCCCCCCGUCCCUCGCCCUGCCUCUGCCGUCCUCCCCCAUCGCCAAAGCACAGGAGGGCGGCGAAGGGGAAAGGGAGAUCCACGUCAGCCUCAUCGCUGUCACUGAGGAGGCGGGCAAGAGAGGGAAAGGAGGCCGCAGAGGGGCAGUCAACAAGACCCCUGGCAACGGUGAGCGUCCGUAUCGCUGCUCAGAGUGUGGCAAGUCGUUUAAGGGCUCCUCCGGUCUGCGCUACCACAUGCGGGACCACACGGGAGAGAGGCCCUACCGCUGCACUGAGUGUGGGAAGAGCUUCAAGAGGUCCUCACUGCUCUCCAUCCACCAGAGAGUCCAUACUGGUGUGCGUGCCUUCCAGUGUCCUUACUGCCCCCUGACCUUCAAGUGGAGCUCCCACUACCAGUACCACCUGCGGCAGCACACCGGCGAGCGGCCCUACGUGUGCCAGGAGUGCGGCAAGUCCUUCAAGAACACCAGCUGCCUGCGGCGCCACAGCCAGCUGCACUCGGGCCUGCGGCCACACUCCUGCUCCGUGUGCGGCAAGUCCUUCUCGCAGACGUCCAACCUGAAGCAGCACGAGCGCACGCACUCGGGCGAGCGGCCCUUCCAGUGCGCGCAGUGCCACAAGAGCUUCACGCACUCGUCCAACCUGCAGCUGCACCUGCGCACGCACUCCUCGCGCAAGGAUUUCAAGUGCCCGCACUGCGGCAAGGAGUUCGUCAUGCACUCCUACCUGCAGAGGCACCUCAGGACGCACGCCACCGCCGGCAGCGGGGGCGCCAAGGAGGGGGCGAAGGCCGCCAAGGGAGGAAGUGGCGGAGGCGGCGGAGCCUCGGGAGGCCCGGCGCAGACGCUGAGUCUGAGUGUGAACGCGCCGGGCGGCCUCAGCUCUCUGUUCCCGGGCGACGGCUCGGGCAGCUCCACGCUGCUGCUCUCGCCGUCCAACUUGGACAUCCCGCCCAACACGUCGCAGAAUUACUUCAUGAUCCAGACGCCCUCGGGGCUGCAGCUCAUCCCUCUGUCCAACCCCACGCCCACGCAACCUCCCCCGCCACCCCCACCCCCACCCCCGCCGCCUCCACCCCAGCCACAGUCCCAGAACUAUCUGCUGCUGCAGUGCCAGGGCACCAAUGGGAACCAGCCCAGCCUCAUCCUCGUCCCCACCACGUCUAAUCCCGUGGCUGCCGAGCCGCAGUCUCUUCCUGUGGUGCAGACCAUCCCGGGGCUGCAGAACGUUCUGGGCCAGGCCCAAACCCCGAUGCCCCAGUUUCAGACGGUCCAAACCCAGCCCCGCUACAUCAUAACCAACCCCAACAGCACCAACACCCAGGCCGUCACCAACCCUCCGCCCCGAAAUUCCACGCUCACUCGGCCCAUUUUGGGGAAGCUGACCAGCACCAAGACCGGCAGGAGUCGACGGGGCCGAAAACCCAAAGCCGCGUCCCAGACUCCCGGUCAGGCAGCGCCCACACUCCCAGCAGGCUCCCAGCUGGCCACCACGUCAGCAGCCGUCACCACACUCAGCACUACGGUUAGCGUGCCAAAUCUUGGCAGCCAGUUGUCUCAGUCGCCAGCUUGUGACAUUCAGGCUGCUUCGACCAGCACCUCUGGGCCCACAGCGGAGCCCAAAAUGCAGGGUGGUCAUCUCACAAAGCCCUCGGCUGUUUGGACAGACCAGGCUAUGCCUGCAGAGGUCAAGCCUUCAGAUACAUUGCCAGAGGAGAGGUUUGUGCUGUGCUUCGAAAAGGACACGGGAGAAGACUGCAAGAAGGAGGAG